CGCUCUGGCGCGUCACGUGGCGGCGGGCUGUAAGGCGCGGGUCCGCUAGUGCGCGUGGGUCUGCGGGCUGCAGCCGGGCGCUGAGCUGUAAGUCGACUGGUGCUCCGGACCACAUUCCGGCAACGAUGGCGACCCCAGUCAAUGGAGCGCCCAGAGAUGCUGAGCUGUGGGCCUCACACGAGCGAAUGCUGGCCCAGCCCCUGAGAGACAAUGAUGCUGAGGUUUACAACAUAAUCAAGAAGGAGAGUCACCGGCAGAGGGUGGGGUUGGAGCUCAUCGCCUCAGAGAAUUUCGCCAGCCGAGCAGUCUUGGAGGCUCUAGGCUCUUGCUUAAAUAACAAAUACUCUGAAGGGUACCCAGGCCAGAGGUACUAUGGUGGCACCGAGUUCGUCGAUGAGCUGGAGAUCCUUUGUCAGAAGCGAGCGUUGCAGGUCUAUUGUCUGGACCCCCAGUGCUGGGGGGUCAACGUCCAGCCCUACUCUGGCUCCCCUGCAAACUUCGCUGUGUACACGGCGCUGGUGGAACCUCACGGGCGCAUCAUGGGCUUGGACUUGCCCGACGGGGGUCAUCUCACCCACGGCUUCAUGACGGACAAGAAGAAAAUCUCUGCCACAUCCAUCUUCUUCGAAUCCAUGCCCUAUAAGGUGAACCCAGAUAACGGCUACAUCGACUACGACCAGCUGGAGCAGAAUGCCCGCCUCUUCCACCCGAAGCUGAUCAUCGCAGGUACUAGCUGCUAUUCCCGGAACCUGGACUACGCUCGGCUGCGGAAGAUUGCAGAUGAGAAUGGGGCGUAUCUCAUGGCCGACAUGGCCCACAUCAGCGGGCUGGUAGCGGCGGGCGUGGUGCCCUCACCCUUCGAACACUGCCAUGUGGUGUCCACCACCACCCACAAAACUCUGAGAGGCUGCCGCGCUGGCAUGGUCUUCUACAGGAGAGGUGUGCGCAGUGUGGAUCCUAAGACCGGCAAAGAGAUUCUAUACAACCUCGAGUCACUCAUCAACUCUGCUGUGUUCCCAGGCCUGCAAGGAGGGCCCCACAACCACGCCAUUGCUGGGAUCGCUGUGGCCCUGAAGCAGGCCCUGACGCCAGAGUUCACACUGUAUCAGCGCCAGGUGGUGGCCAACUGCAGGGCUCUGGCUGCCACCCUGAUGGGGCUGGGCUACCAGGUGGUGACAGGUGGUUCUGACAACCAUUUGAUCCUUGUGGAUCUCCGUUCUAAAGGCACAGACGGUGGCAGGGCUGAAAAGGUGCUAGAAGCCUGUUCAAUUGCUUGCAACAAGAACACCUGCCCCGGUGACAAAAGUGCACUGCGGCCUAGUGGACUGCGGCUAGGAACGCCAGCACUGACAUCCCGAGGGCUCCUAGAGAAAGAGUUCCAGGAAGUGGCACACUUUAUUCACAGAGGGAUAGAACUGACUCUGCAGAUUCAGAACGACAUGGGUGCAAAGGCCACCCUGAAGGAGUUCAAGGAGAAACUUGAAGGCGAUGAGAAGCACCAGAGGGCUGUCAAGACUCUGAGGGAAGAGGUGGAGCGCUUUGCCUCUGGCUUUCCUCUGCCUGGCGUGCCUGACUUCUAAAGGAGCCAGGGGCUG